AUGGAAUCACCCGCACUCUCAAGGAGAAUGACACAAUGGCAGAUCUUAUUGUCUGAGUAUGACAUUGUAUAUGUAAGCCAAAAGUCGGUAAAGGGGAGCGCGAUAGCUAACUUCUUGGCAAGUCGAGCAAUGAAGGAAUAUGAGCCGUUGGAAUUUGAUUUUCCAGAUGAAGACUUAAUGUGCAUUUCCGAAGGUGAAUCAUCAAAAGAUCAAUCAUGGAAGAUGAGUUUUGAUGGUGUAUCGAACGCAUUGGGGCACGGGAUAGGAGCAGUUUUAGUGUCACCGGAAGGAAAUCAUUACAUGCUCACUGCCAGAUUGAAUUUCUUCUGUACUAAUAACAUAGCAAAAUAUGAAGCUUGCAUCAUGGGACUUCGUGCAGCCAUUAAACGGAAAAUAGAAACCUUAAAGGUGUAUGGGGAUUCAGUGUUAGUGAUUUAUCAAAUUCGUGGAGAUUGGGAAGUGAGAGAUUCGAAAUUAGUCAAGUAUCGUGAUCUCGUGGCGGAAUUGGUCAAAGAAUUCAAAGAAGUGACUUUUCAUUACUUCCCACGAGAAGAAAACCAAUUGGCUAAUGCCCUGGCCACAUUGGCUUCAAUGUUCAAAGCAAACAGGGAAACAUAA